UUGAAAAUCGCGCGAGUUUACCGUAUAGUUCGAAAGUAUCAAAAUAUGUCAAAUACGAAGAGAAUUUAAUGUCCGAAUUCAAGUACCUUGGACAGACUUUUAAUGAGUCAAUUCAUUUCGGUACAAGUUGGACAAUGUGGAAAUCAAAUUGGUUCAGCAUUUUGGCCUUUGGCGUUACACGAAUACGGUAUACAAACAACGAAUACUGGGAUGAAUUUACUUAAGACGCAACGAAGCCACAUUAAAAAUAUGAGCGAUUUGUCUGAUGCUUUUGAUAGUUUCUUUGUUAUACCUGAGAAUACACGCGAUUUAUGCUUUAAAAGUAUAACUGAUUUAAAACGAGCUAAAGUCAGAGCUAGGGCAAUAUUGAUAGAUAUGGAGGAUAGUGUCGUAGGAGGGUUAAGGAGAGGACCUGUGCGUGACUUGUUUGACCAGACUUCGGUUGUAACAAAUUAUCCAGGCUCUGCGAAUAAUUGGGCUGUAGGUUAUCAUACCUAUGGUACAGAGUAUCACGAUAAAUUAGAAGAUACUAUCAGACGUAUGGCAGAAAAAUGUUCUAGGUUACAUGGUUUUCUAAUAAUGCAUUCUCUUGGAGGUGGUACUGGUUCUGGAUUAGGAACAGCUGUUCUAAAGCUACUGGCCAAUAAUUAUCCUACUGUAGAUAGACUAGUAUCUUGCGUAUAUCCAAUUGUUAUGCAAGAUGUCGUUACAGCUCCAUAUAAUGUAUUGUUGUCAACUCGAGAGCUUAUAGAUUAUGCAACUUGUGUAUUUCCUAUUGAAAACGAAUCCCUUUUGGAUAUAUGCAAUGCACAAUUGAAAAUGAAAGGUAACACAGAUCAGAUAAACUAUAAUAUCUCGUGUAAACCAUUUCAAGAUAUGAACAGCAUUGUUGCAAAUAUGCUUCUUCAUUUAACAAGCGGAUCUAGGUUCCCUGGCAAUUUAAAUAUGGAUAUGAACGAAAUAGCUACGAAUCUUGUACCGUACCCAAAAUUACAUUAUAUAUUUAGCAGCGUUAGUCCAUUAGCAUUAUCAGCGCCGACGAUGUACAGUAUGCGAGAAACAAGGCUAAUAGAUGAAAUAUUUACCAAUGCAUGGUCACGAAAUAAUCAAUUGAUUAAAAUAGACCCGCUACAAUCAGGUUCUAUGAUUUUAAGCGCUGCACAUAUUGCUAGAGGAAACUGCCCUGUAAACGAUUUAAAACGAAACAUUGAGAGAUUUCGGAAGAAAGUUACGUUCACAGAGUGGAGCAACGAAGCUAUGAAAGUAGGUUUGUGUUCUGUACCUCCGGCUGGGCACUCAACUUCUUUGUUGAGUCUUUUAAACUCUUCCUCGAUGGUAUCGUUAUUUAAAAACAUAAUAGAACAGUUUACUAGACUGUAUAGAAGGAAGGCACAUGUGUAUCACUACACGCAAGUAUGCGGUUUUGAAGAAACGCAUUUCAUUGACAGUAAAGAGGUAAUCUCAAACUUAAUUAUGCAGUACACAGAAGUGCAAAGCCAAACUCAGAAAAAUAUUUCUCGGUUACAGAUCGUUUAAAUUCUUAGAUUAGACAAUUUUAUUUAACUUGAUCUAUACAUUAACAACAUGAACAGAAAGCAAUAAAAAUAUAUUAACAUAGCAUAUCUAUUAGCAACAACGAAAUUACGUUUCGUUCAUCGAAAAUUUACAAUUUGCGCGAGUUUAUAUCCAUAGAUUUAGAGAAAUUCGAAAUACUCGGUACGUUGUCUGUGUACUACAUAUGUACGUAGCAAAAGCUUCUGAAAGUCGAAAGUCGUUCAAGAACCGAUCAUCUUUGGAUAUACCCAUAUACAUAAUAUUUACUUAUACGAAACAACACUGAUGUUUCCACGAAACAACAUCUUAACUAGCUGGUAUCUGUGGCAAACCAAAUUCGUCCACCGAAACGCCGUCCUGGAAUGAAAAAAUUCUUGUUUGAUGCACUGUUUCAAUAAAAUGUUUUCUAAUAUUUCUACGAACGAUAGAAUAGAGAGCACGAACCUUAUUUUUGACCGAGCUGGCGCCAGGUUCUUUGUCAGGAGCGCUAGGUGCCUUGAUCGCAUCGUCCAAGAAACUGGUAUCUUCGUCGAUGGCUAAAUCGUCUCCGAGAGCUUCUAACUCGGCGGCUAGUUCAUCCUCGUCUAUAUCCGGCAUGCCGUAACUGCGACCCAACGCAUCUUGAACUUCGUCCGCUUGUUCCAACAUAUCGGACAAGUCGUCUUGCAGAUCCUAAGAUGUGCAUUAACUUAUCGUCGUAAGUUAGCGAAAAAAAAAAAAAAAAGAGAAAGAAAAAAGAUACAAUAAA